GAAGAUAAUCUUGGUGGAUCAUGACGCGAGAAGUCUGGGAAAGGAACGCCUCAUUCCGGCAGCGGCCGGAAGGCGAUGAGCCCUCUCACCGCCGUCCUGCUGAGGGAGCUACAGAAGACUCCUCACGCUUGCUUGUAUGAGCUGAGACUACCGACGCAUCAAGGGCAUCUCCAGAAAGCCGGUAAUCUGAAUUUUGAUGUGACCCCGUCCGAGCGAGGAGGUGAAGGGGAAAAACAUAAACCACUUGCGUUUGGUUCUCAUAGGCUCGCUGAUAGGCCCGAGGAUUUUGCCCUCUUUCUUUGGCACACUGCGCCCUACCUUGGCUUACCUUUCGGAGCCAAGAUAUGCCAGAGAACCGAAAAACUUUUCUCGCCCUGCCUCGCUCGUAGCAAACGCUCAUCUCAAUUUCUAGAGGUGCAUGAAAUGACAGUCGAGAAUGAAGGUGUCAUUCACCAACGAUGGUUUGAGAAGAAAGUGUGUUUCUUCGGCAGUUGGGUUCUUGGGGAGAUAGGGCGGACGGAGUGAGCGAGACGGACGGAGGGAUCUCGGAAGUUCCUAUUCAUCAAGUCUUGGCUCUGUGUUGUCAAUGUUUUGGGUGAGGUGAUGGUGGUGAUGAUGGUGUUUGAACAGCCGAAUGGGUCGGACAUGCGACCGCACAUCACCCUUUCUCGGAGGUACCUGUGGAGAGGACACGUGGGUAACAUCUAUCCUGGAGUUCCUGUGAGCUGGCAAUGUCAAAGUAGAAGAUUUGCGGAGACGGCGGCGAGCUAUACCGGUGAUGUCAAGGUGCCGAAGAGAAGGAUGGCCGCCAAGACUCCAGUUCUG